AUUCUGAAGUCCAGAGCCACUGCCUUUGCUGCUGCCACAGCUGCCAUCACCUCUCCUCCUCAGCCUCGGGCCACUCACUGCUUUUCCACCCCAGCUGCGACUCUCUCCUGGCCAUGACCACACUGCUCCUAGGACCCUGACCCAACUCUGAGCCCUGGGACCCUUGGUCCCCUCCCCUGGGCCAUGGCCAAUUCAGGCCUCCAGCUUCUGGGCUACUUCCUGGCCCUGGGUGGCUGGGUGGGCAUCAUCGCCAGCACGGUCCUGCCGCAGUGGAAGCAGUCCUCCUAUGCAGGUGACGCCAUCAUCACUGCUGUGGGCCUCUACGAAGGACUCUGGAUGUCCUGCGCCUCCCAGAGCACUGGGCAGGUGCAGUGCAAACUCUAUGACUCGCUGCUUGCCCUGGACGGUCACAUCCAGUCAGCGAGAGCCCUGAUGGUGGUAGCUGUACUCCUGGGUUUUGUGGCCAUGGUCCUCAGCGUCAUUGGCAUGAAGUGUACACGGGUCGGAGACAGCAACCCCAUUGCCAAAGGCCGGGUAGCCAUCUCCGGGGGUGCCCUCUUCAUCCUGGCAGGCCUCUGCACCUUGACUGCUGUCUCAUGGUAUGCCACCCUGGUGACCCAGGAGUUCUUCAACCCAAGCACACCUGUCAAUGCCAGGUAUGAAUUUGGCCCGGCUCUGUUCAUAGGCUGGGCCUCAGCUGGCCUGGCCAUGCUGGGGGGCUCAUUCCUCUGCUGCACAUGCCCAGAGCCCGAGAGAGCCAACAGCAGCCCCCAGCCCUAUCGCCCUGGACCCUCAACUGCUGCCCGAGAACCUGUUGUUAAAUUGCCCGCCUCCAUCAAGGGUCCCCUGGGUGUGUAAUGUCCAGGUCCCCAGCCAGGCCCUGUCCCCUGCCACACUAAGACUGUAUGUUUGGUAUUUUUUGGAAACAGAAAUGAAUAUUCAGCCCCAA